UGUACCAUUCUGCUGUCUGCGCUUCUCAAACGCUGCAGCUGCCGUCGUCUUCCCCUGCUCCACACACUGUCGCACAACCAUGGCGGACAGCGCAAGCGAGAGCGACACCGACGGAGCGGGGAGCAGCUCAGCCACCCCGAUGUCGUCCUCCGCUUCAAAUUCGGGCAAACCGAGCAUAGUCAUUUCACAGUUUCGCUUGGAGGAGCUGACGAAUCGCCUUGCCUCGUUACAGCAGGAGAAUAAAGUUCUCAAAAUUGAGCUGGAGACGUUCAAACUCAAGUGCAAAGCCCUGCAGGAGGAGAAUCGGGACCUCCGCAAAGCUAGCGUCACCAUUCAAGCAAGAGCAGAGCAGGAGGAGGAAUUUAUCAGCAACACCUUAUUCAAGAAGAUCCAGGCCCUUCAGAAGGAGAAGGAAACCUUGGCUGUCAACUAUGAGAAGGAAGAGGAAUUCCUUACCAAUGAACUGUCAAGGAAACUCAUGCAACUCCAGCAUGAGAAGGCAGAGUUGGAACAGCAUUUGGAGCAGGAGCAGGAGUUCCAGGUUAACAAGCUCAUGAAAAAGAUCAAGAAAAUGGAGAAUGAAACCAUCUCAAAGCAGCUAACCUUGGAACAGUUGAGGCGGGAGAAGAUCGACCUUGAGAACACAUUAGAGCAGGAACAAGAAGCCCUGGUCAACAGGCUGUGGAAACGGAUGGACAAACUGGAGGCUGAAAAAAGAAUCCUUCAGGAGAAGUUGGACCAGCCCGUAUCAGCUCCUCCCUCCCCAAGAGAUGUUUCCAUGGAGAUAGACUCACCAGAGAACAUGAUGCGGCAUAUCCGCUUCCUGAAGAAUGAGGUGGAGAGGCUUAAGAAAAGCCUGCGCACCACCGAACUGCAGCACACAGAGAAGCGUGCCCAGUACAUAGAGGAGGAGCGACACAUGAGGGAGGAGAACAUCCGGCUGCAGAGAAAGCUCCAGAGAGAAAUGGAGCGCAGGGAGGCCCUGUGCAGACAACUGUCAGAGAGUGAAUCCAGUCUGGAGAUGGACGAUGAGAGGUACUUCAACGAGAUGUCUGCACAGGGUUUGCGAGCAAGGACUGUGUCCAGCCCCAUCCCCUACACCCCCUCCCCCAGCUCCAGCCGACCCAUAUCGCCCGGUCUCUCAUAUGGCUCCCACACAGUUGGCUUCACCCCUCCAGCUACACUGUCCAGAGCUGCCAUUUCCCACUACAACACCCCCGCCCUGCACGUCCAUGGAAGCUCCUCUCAUGCCGUAGCAAGGCCCUCUCCAAGAAGAAGCACCAGCCCCGACAAAUUCAAACGUCCAACGCCCCCUCCCUCCCCCAACACGCACUCAGGGGCCCAACAGGCUCAGCCUCCACUACCCCCACCAGCUCAGCCCAUGGUCCAGUCCAUGUCCUCCCCGGCAGCCAUGUCACAGCACGCAGCAGCAGCAGCAGCAGCAGCACAGCAGCCUCCCUCCCAGCCUUAACGCCACACACACAGUCUCUGUCUUUGCGCGUGAGUGCGCCCACUGAAUGCCACGAUGCUACCGCAGCAGCUUCCAUCAUUACCAGCUCUGGAAGUGAAGUUUCUUACUCUUUACCAACUCCACAAAAGACGCAGCUUCAAAAGUUUCAGAGGGAAAAGAAACAAGUUGGCAACUCACCCUCGGUGAAGCUAGCCGCCUGCCAAAUCCACAUGUGGCGUUACUUAACUACUCUUAAAAGGAAUGGAUGGACUGAAAAAUAAUCGCUUCUGGGAUUUGUAGGAUAAUUACUGUUCCACCUUCUGUCUUGUACAUGUUAUGUUUUUGUUUUUUUCUUUGCUUGGGACUUUAGCUGGUUGGAAUUGUUGUUGUGGCGCUUCUAAGAUAGCACAAACAGCACAUAAAGUAUGUUUUAUGGUGGUGUUUUAUGAUAGGUUGGAUGUUUGGAUCAAUGGAUGGAUGUAUGGCUAGAGAAAUGGAUGGAUCAAUAGAUGGAUGUGUUCAAUUCUUUUCAUGCCUAUAAUAUGACACUCGAUUGCAGUAAUGUCCUCCACUCCAGCUCACCCUUUGUCUUUGAAGCAGUGUCAACAAUUCACCCCGACCCCAAGUUUAACGUGGCUUCGAUUAGGUCAGCAAAAGGUGUCGUUAGAAGACUGCUUGGAGUUUCUCCAUCAUAGGGCAUUGAUCAAACAGAGCUUGCGGCACAGUUAUUUUAGUUUCUGAAAGCAUUCGAGUCUCUGCUGCUCUUCAGUUAUAAUGAAAAGGAAAAAAAAGCAUCAACGAGGAUGGACACUGGUACAUAAACCACAGAUAAAUGUCGCCUUUUAAGGUGUUUAAAAAUAUAGUCUGAGGUGUUACAACUUAGUCAUGUACUCAGUCUCUUCUCUGAUCUUCUCUCUCUCUCUCUCUCUCUCUCUGGUGUAUUUCUGAAAGCUUCUAUCAUCCUAAUGGAUAUUCCUCAUCAGAAAAAGGAAAAAAAAUCAUAAUGCUCUUUACACUAAAUAUACAUACUGCUAAAACAUUCUAAAUGAAUGGUACUGUUGAACUAAAUUUCUAUGUAUGAUUAAAGCUGUUGAGAUGACAACUUUUGUUUUUAAUUGUCAGUUUUAUGGAUAGGAUUUGCUACUCGUCUGUAAUAUGAGGGUUAAAAGGCUGAAAAUCGAGGCUGGAAGACAAUCACUUUGUUCUUUAUUAUCUUUUUUUUCCCUGACAAAAACCUGCGGUUUGAUGCACACGCUUAAUUUAACAGAUCCUUACAUUUGCACAGGUUCGCAAUCGAAUUGAUCUUUUUUUGUGUAUUUAGCUUCACUGGAAUGUUUCAUUGUGGAAGUUCUGACAUCUUACCGAACCAUUACAGUAGUUUGAUGGAAUAUGUUUGUGCCUUAAAUAAAUUUGCACCAUCAAAGCUCA